UCGUCAUCAGCAGCAGCAGCUCUUCCUGCUCAGAUGUGACUCAACCAGAGAGGGAAGAGAGCUUCUCCUCAGAGGACUUCUCGAAAAGCCACCUCGCUCUCAGGCAGCAGGACAAACUGGUGUUUUUCUUCUUCGCCGCUGACGCGCGCCGCUGGAUGGAUUGGCUGUAGGAGUUUGAUCGGGAAAAGCAGGCGAGGAGAAAAGUGUGCUGAAGUUUUUCGAGCCCUCCGCGGCUGAUCUGGAUCUGCUCGGAAGAACCGAGUCUCUCUCUGUGGCUGGUUUCUGGAGGCGCUGCUUGUGCGUUCUGCAUGCAAGGAUCUUCUCGGCUCGCUUGUAGUUUUUCUCUUUCUUCUUACUGCCGCUCCGCUUUUUCCGCUGUUCCCCACUUGCGUCAUGACUUCUAGCUAUGCACAUGUAAUGGACAGGCAAGCCACGAUAUCAAACCGCCUGGAGAGCCCGAUCACGUCGAACCUGGACAACCUGCAAGCCAAAAAGAACUUCUCGGUCAGCCACCUGUUGGAUCUGGAAGAGGCCGGGGAAAUGGUCGGCACCCAAGCGGACGAGAGCGUCGGGGAGGCGGGGAGGAGUAUGCUGGAGUCCCCGGGGCUGACCAGCGGGAGCGACACGACCCAGCAGGAGAAUGAACAGAUGAACACGGAGGAGAAGAAGAAGAGGAAGCAGCGCAGGAACAGGACCACCUUCAACAGCAGCCAGCUCCAGGCUCUGGAGAGAGUGUUCGAGAGGACACACUACCCCGACGCCUUCGUCAGAGAGGACCUGGCCCGCCGGGUCAACCUCACCGAGGCCAGAGUCCAGGUUUGGUUCCAGAACCGGAGAGCUAAGUUCCGCAGGAACGAGCGCGCCAUGCUGGCCAGCAAGAACGCCUCGCUCCUCAAAUCCUACUCAGGAGAUGUGACGGCGGUGGAGCAGCCAAUCGUACCGCGCCCUGCACCACGCCCUAACGACUACCUGUCCUGGGGCUCUGCUGCCCCCUACAGCUGGUAUCCGAUGCCGGAGGGGGGGCCAGUGCGAGUGCCACAGAAAAUGCUGCCCUCAGAGAACAACGCCAUGGCCACCUACCCGCCCACCUGCUCCAACACCAACACGUCCCAGGGAAUGAACAUGGCCAACAGCAUCGCCAACCUGCGGCUCAAAGCCAAGGAGUACAGCUUGAACCAGGUGCCCACGGUCAACUGAGAGGAGGAGGAGAGGCUGGGGGCUCGCGCAGGAGGGGAGGGGACCCUCUCUGCCGCCUCCGGGAUGAGCACCAUCUCACGUACCCCGGAUCACGAAGCCUCCUCUCCUUCCUGGAGCAGCCUCGGCCGCGUACUCUCACACCUGUAUGCAAAAUGCUGGACUACGAGUGAUGGCAGGAUUCUCCCUAAGCCGCCUUUUACUCUCCUGAGCAUCACUGAACUCUUGUUUGUGUAAAAAGACAUCCAGGCUGGAUGCUGUAGCCGAAUAUCUGCGUAGUUUUACAUUUGUGAUUGUGACUGAAGCGGAGGGCGAGUCUUUCACAGAUCAGUGUGUUUUCAGUCAGAGACGUCGCUCUCGGCGGAGACUCGAGCACGGACUACGUGGAUUUCCUCCGGUCCCUUUGGCCGCGGUGUUGGAUCGAAUUACGCACCGAAACUGGGAUCGACAACACUUUUUUCUUUUUCUUUUAAAAUCGACAACAAACCGACAAGAACUUCUGACAUUUAUGCGAUUUCUUUAAAAGAGUUAGUUUUGUUUUUCCACAUUUCUUUCCAUGUUAUACCACUGACGAGCAAACAUUUUCAACGCAUUUUGAUUUUCAUGUAAUAGUCCAAUAUAAAGGAGAGGCUAAUGUAUUUCUGAAUCCAAACCCAGUAGAUUCUCUUAAUUUCCUAUGAUAUCCUUUAUUUGUAACAGAAUAAAAACAUGUAUAUUAAUAAAAAUGCAU